GGUGUUAUCGAUAAUAACAUCGAUGUGCUUGCCGCUGUAACUAUUUUUGUUUUUUUGUGCAAUUUUCCAUUAAAUUUAAUUAAAACACGUUAAGUAACCGGCAAAAAUGGCCCAAAAAGUUAUUAAGUUCAUCGGCCGAACCACGGAUUUCCGCGGCAACACUCUUUGGGAGCUGGUGUCGGACCUGCCGAACUGGGGAGUGGGCCGCAUGCUCAUACGUAACAUGUUCCAGCGCUAUCCGGAGCCGUGCUACAUGCGGAUCCUGAAGGUGCAGGCCGUGGAUGAGCAGCCGGGCGAGGUGAGGAAGGUACGGGUUACCGUGGAGAAGACCUGGCGGGGCGUCAAGCAGGCAAAGCCGGUGGAGAUCUACAGCACCAGUUACAAGGCAGACUACGAACUGGUGCCGGAAGACCAGGAGGCAAAGUAUCUGAACAACACCAAGAAACUGGAGCCGGUGGUGUUGCCCACAAAAAUCGACCUGCCGCCACUGCUACGCGAGUACGUGACCGAGGAGACUGGCGAACGCAAUCCCCAGAUGAAGGUUCACUUCAAGCUAACCCACAACAAACUGGCCAGAUUGGCGCAGGAAGGCGAGAAACCCUCUGUGAGCUUUGGCGUGAGCCUGGGACAGCCGAAACCCGUUAGCACCAAGCUUUACGAGGGAUUGUUAUAGGACUGAGAAGCUGUUAAAAUAUUAAAUACAUUUAAUUUACACAUAAACUUAA